AUGAGAGAUGUAGAAUUUAACAUUAUCUCUAAUGAAAACAGUAACAUAGAGAAAGCUAAUGAACACUGUAAAAUAGAGAAUACUUAUGAACACAGUAAAAUAGAGAAAGCUAAUGAAAACAGUAAAGUAGAGAAUACUAAUGAAAACAAUAAAAUAGAGAAUACUUAUGAACACAGUAAAAUAGAGAAUACUAAUGAACACAGUAAAAUAGAGAAUACUUAUGAACACAUAAAAACAGAGGAUACUAAUGAAAACAGUAAAGUAGAGAAUACUAAUGAAAACAAUAAAAUAGAGAAUACUAAUGAACACAGUAAAAUAGAGAAUACUAAUGAACACAGUAAAAUAAAGAAUACUUAUGAACACAGUAAAAUAGAGAAUACUAAUGAACACAGUAAAAUAGAGAAUACUAAUGAAAACAGUAAAACAGAGAAUACUUAUGAACACAGUAAAACAGAGAAUACUAAUGAACACAGUAAAAUAGAGAAUACUAAUGAACACAGUAAAACAGAGAAUACUAAUGAAAACAGUAAAAUAGAGAAUACUAAUGAAAACAGUAAAAUAGAGAAUACUAAUGAACACAGUAAAAUAGAGAAUACUAAUGAACACAGUAAAAUAGAGAAAAACAGAAUCCCUAAACGAUGA